AUAUUGUCGAGAAGAUUUUAUUUAUAUUGAGGGUCGGACGCGGUGGCGUGGUGGCGCGUGGUGUGUAGGACAUAAGUGGCGCGGCGAGUGUUGGCUCGGUGCCCGCGGCGUCGGCAGCGCGCCAGUCCCCGGAGUGCCGGUCCGACCGUCGCCUGCACCCCGUGCGUGCCGUGACCCUACCACAUCACGAAGUCCUUUCCUGCGUCGUCCGCUGCUUUCGUCACCCGCGUCACACCUCAAACACGCGUCUCUAAUAAUCGUGUGAACUUUUAAUGUACCUAUAGAUCGUAUGUGGCGGAGGAACUCGUGUUUACAUAUCAGACGGACAACGAAACAGUAGCGGGUUCAGAGCAGCCGAUUUAGGUCGCCCGGUUCAGUGCUAGCAGCGAGAUAUUUUUAUUACAACUGAUGGGUGCAGGCGUACGAGCGCCUGAGCACGCUGGCGGUUAAAUAAAUUAUUAUUUAUAGAGUAGAACCGUAAAGUCCAUUCCAUAAACACUUUCGUAUUUUUAGUUGUUCCUGGUUAUCUUUAGUUAAAGUUUCAUGUGAAUCGGCUAUGUAGAUUCUGAGAUUAUAACGCAUCGCGGUGAAAUUGUGUGAAUUUCGUGUUAUAAAUAAUACAAAAGUGGCAUUUAGCUGAAAUCUUUAACAUUUCUUUAGUGCAUUUGUGAAUUGUGUGGUGAAAAUGCAUCACUUGUACCCUUUGGCGAAGGGAGACCCGCUGUGUCCGCUAGGCUUCCACCCGCAAGUGCGGUGGCCGACGCGUUGCAAACGCUGUUUCCGCGACUAUAAGGAACACGGUGGCGGCAAGAAAAAAGAUGAUGAUUUUACCGCAUCCACACCCAGCCUUUCCUCUUGGAACUCACCGACAUCACGAAGCCGUGACGGAGAGAAUGGUGCAGCAGAAGGGGACAAGGUUGGCCGGGGUUGGGCUUCGAGUACCAACCUUAGCUCCAUCGAGUCAACCAAAAAGGACACUUUUUCCACAGGAUUCAAUAAAAACAAUACGUCUUGGACAUCGACGCCGGAUCUGGGUGCUGACGGCAGCGACUCAAACGCCGUCACAGUCAAUCUCAAGCUACCCAAACGACGCCUUACGGGCCCAUUACCGGAUUUGGACACAGGCCAAACAACUAAUGACACAGUUACAUUACGUCGGCCGUCACCAUCGCCGCCCCCGUCCGCAGGCUCCCAGACUCAGCUCGCAAUAACCAAGAAUGACUCACUCGCUGAACGUGUGCGAAAGAUGCAGCUGUUAAAAACGCAGAAUAGUUUUGAAAAGGAGCCAAGUAUAGAGAAAGAAAGAGAGCGAAGAAGUUUGUCCAAAAGUAAAGAAGAUGAAAAGACUGCUAGAUAUAAAGACGAACGGUCAUCGACCAAAGAUGAUGUAAACUUUUUAAUGCAGGUAAAGAAUUCUCGGAAUUCAACGAAUUUGAAACCCCCCGUUCGAGGAGGUCCGUCUAAGGACAAAGAUGAGUCUGAUGAUGAAACGAGCACCACCACCGAAACUACUUUAGUGGAUUCCAACGUUAAAGAAUAUCAGGAUCAAAUAGAGGGCUUAAAACAAGAAGUAGAUAUUUUAAGGAAACGUUGUGAAAGAGUGGAGAAAGAAAAAAGCGACAUUCUUCUACGCAGACUCGCUAACAUCGACACGGCGAAUAAAUACACGACAGGACGAUCAUCGGAAGUACUAAAACUACAACAGAAAGUAAACGAAUUAACUACGCACAAUGAGGAUCUCAGGGAUGAGAAAAAACACCUAACUCAGAAAAUUAGGGAAAUUGAGAGUGAGCUUGAGACUCGGCCGUCAACUGAAGCUCAGACCCGUCAGAUUGAGCAGCUACGAGCCAAGUUGUUGGCGGCCGAAACGUUAUGUGAAGAAUUGAUGGAUGAGAAUGAAGAUAUGAAGAAAGAACUACGGGAUCUUGAGGAAGAAAUCGAAGAGAUGCAAGAUAAUUUUAGAGAAGAUCAGGCCGACGAAUAUUCAUCCCUGAGACGCGAAUUAGAGCAGACCAUUAAAAAUUGCAGAGUUUUAUCAUUUAAAUUAAAAAAGACUGAAAGGAAAGCCGAUCAAUUAGAACAAGAAAAAGCUGAACACGAGAAGAAAUUAUUAGAGAUAGUCGGAGGACCCGACGGCAUGCAGCGGGAAAAUAGGAUUAAAGAGUUGGAACAAGAAGUUGCGCGAUCUACUGAGGUGGCGCUAAGGCUACAACGCGAGCUGGCUGAAGCAAACUCAAAGUUCACCGGAUCAAACCCAAGCCUCAUGAAGGUUCCCCAACCCGAAACAGUUAAAGUGUCCCGAUCGUCACUCACUCGAGGAGGUAGCCAAGAAGACCCCGCACAGCUUCUUAGAGAUCUGCAGGACUCUUUAGAGAGAGAAGCAGACUUACGGGAGCAACUACGCAAUGCAGAAGAAGAGGCAAAUAAUUUGCGUAAAACAGCGGCACGUGUAGAAGAGGACAAUGAGUCCUUACUGCUACAGCUGAAGAAAAUGGCUACCAAAGCCAGAAGUCGUAAACUGUCCCCUACGCCUCCAGCCAACAAGCUUAGCAUUGAAACAGCUAAUGAUAAUGAUGAAAAAGAAACCGACGAAGCGGACCCCGCGGAGAUGAAAUUGCUUUUAGAACUUAAUGAACAGGAGGCUACAGUAUUACGAAGAAAAGUCGAGGAAUUGGAACAAGAUAAAGAAGCACUUAAGAAACAAGUCAAGGAGCUAACUAGCAAGAUUUCAAGUGUGACUAAAACUAGUGCCGGAUCCAAUACCACCGCGCGGCGUAGUUUGACUACUAAUAGCAAUAAAUUAGCAGAAGAGCGUGUUAAGGUAUUAGAAGAUGAAAUAGACGAAGUAAGGAAAAAGCUUAUAGAAAAAGAACGUGAUUGUGAAAGACUACACGCUGAACUCAGUUUGGCGCAAAAGAAACCUAAAACACUUAUUAAAAGCAGAUCGUUAGACGCUAGUGAUCAACAGAAUGUGGACCUCAAGCGGCAACUGCAAGUAAUAGAACAAGAGGCCAGUGUGUUGAGAGCCAAAACCCAAAGUCUUGAAGCUGAUAACGAAAAAUUGCAGACAGAAAAUAAAAAGUUACAGCUUUUGAAAAAUGCGAAGUCAUUAAGAUCUGAUAAAGCAUUAGAUCUCAAUACCAAAAAAACAACUCAACUAGAAAACGAACUCAAAGAAGCUUUAGCUAAAAUAAAAGAACUAGAAAUGAUUUGUCAAGAUGAAAAAUCAGAAAAAAAAGUAAGAUUUACUGAGGCAACUAAAAAAGAAACAGAUACCUUGAAAUCAAAACAAGAUGAAUUAGAUAAAUUAAAACUAAAUCUUAGCAAGUUAGAAAAAGAAAACUUAAAGCUUCAAGCAACACUGAAAUCACUCAAAGAUGAUGCACAAAAAUCUUUUAAGCCAAGAAUUCCAAAGAAACCAACUGAUUUAACAACUAAACUUCAACUCAAAAAAAUGGUUGAAGAUUUGGAAUGUGAAAUAGGGGAGAUGUAUGUUGUGAUGAAAAACGCAGGAUUAUCUGGUAAGGAAAUGACCGCAAAAACUAAAUUAGAAAAAGAAAUAGAUGAAAUUCGUUCCAAACUGUCGAAGAACGACUCAGAAUUCACAAACGAAAAGAAUAGAUUACAAACUGAAAUAGCAAAACUAAAAGAUGUCAAUGCUAAAUUAGAAGGUGAUAAAGAUGUGUUUGCCAAUAAAUAUAAAGCUCUUGAAAAUGAAAACAGCAAUUUAAGCAAUCAGUGCAAAACGCUUACUGAAGAAAUGAAAAAUAGAGAGGCUCAAAUAAACAAAUUGAGUGCUGAUCUCAAAAACGCAACAUCUCUUCAAACCACAAUGUCCGAUUGUAUGAAAAAAAUAGAAGAUCUGAAAAAAGAAAUAGAUAGCAAAGACAAAGAUAUAGAAAAACUAAAAAAACAAGUGGACAAUUAUACAAAAAUAGACCAGGAUAAGAAUAAGUUGCUCAAAGAGGUUGGCGAUAAAACUAAAAAAAUAGGCGAUUUAGAAAAGAAAUUAAAGGAAGCAGAAGAAAAAUGUAAACGUAUAGAGAAACAACUUUCGACACGUAAAGAUCGUGUAACCAAACUUGAAAAAGAGGAAGACGCAUUAAGGCAAACUACUAAUGAUAAAUACGACGAAGCAACAUCACCUGUCGAGAUGGUAGAAAUGAGGGAGAAGCUUGAGAAGACUAGCAAAGAACUCAAAGAGAAGCAAGAUGAAUUGAACAAUGCUAAAAUUAAACUAGAAAAGACUGAAGCAGAAUCAUCCGCUGCGAAACUUGAAAUGGCACAGCUCAAAUCGGACUUAGCGAAAUUAGAAAACGAAUAUAAGGAACAAGAGAAAAAGGUGCAAGCUGAAAAGAAGGAAUCCAGUUAUUGGGAAAAUAAAGCCAAAGAACUCGACACUGACCUGCAGUCGGAGCGCAAGAAACUCGACCGGAUGCGUAUUGCUCAUGACAAAGAUGUUAAAAAUAAAGAUGCAGAGCUAGCCACGCUCAAGGGUAAACUUAAGAUUCUUGAACAAAAUUCUGGAGCAGGAGCGAAGAGAAUCACGGAGUUGAAACAAGAAUAUGAAGAGACAGUCAAAAAACUUGAACAUUCUUUAGCUCUUGAAAAGGCAGAAUAUGAGGAGCUAACAGGAAAAUAUGAACUAUUAGAGGAAGAACAUGUGGUCACAAAAGCAAGACUGACUGUGGAAAAGGAACAAGCGCAGGGAGAACUUUUACAUGUACAAAAAGAAUUAAGUACUGCCUUAGGUGAAAUAAAGACACUGCAAGAAAAACUUGGAACUGAAUCAGCAGCAUGGAAUACGGAGAAAACGGAAAUGCAGAACUCGAUAGCGUCUCUGCAAGAACGUUUGUGCGGUGGAGGGUGGGAGGUCGAGCGUGCCCGUCUCAACGCGCGCCUGGACCAGAGAGAACGGGAGCUCCGAGCUGCCAACGACAGACGCGAUGUGCUCGAACAUCACCACGACCUUGCCAAGAAAGAGCUAGAGGAGUCCCGAAAGAAAUUGGAAGAUUACGAAAGAGUUUCUAAAAUACAAAGAAAUCUUACAACAGAAAAUGCAGAACUGGAACGGGAGUUGGCAGCUUUGAACAAUAGAAUAGAACAAUCCGAAAAGGCUAGAAAGGCCGAAAUCACGGACACUAAGACGAGAUACGAAGGGCAGAUGAACACAAUGCGCGAUGAACUCAAAUCCUUACACAACCAGGUUUCGAGAUUUAGGAGAGAAAGAGAUAACUAUAAGCAAAUGCUCGAAGCCGCACAGAAGUCGAUGGCUGAGAUUAAAAAUGGAGACAAAAGCGCUAGAAUUCAUCGUAACUCAAUAUCCAGCACAGAUGAAGAAGAAUAUCGCAACAAAGUCGCUUUGCUGGAACAACAGGUUGCUUGUCUCGAAGAUGAGCUGUGUGAAUCGCGGCUACUAGCUUCAAAACUUAACACGGAGCUUGUUAGCGAAAAGUCAUCUGCCGAAGUACGCCUCGCGGAAAUGCAAUCCAGACUAAAUGAGUACGAGGAAGAGAGACUAUUGUCGUCAGGAAGAGCGCGCGUGGCUGGUCUCGCGACCCGAAUGGAACUGGCGUGGCACAAGGAACGCGAUGAACAACAGCGGCUGUUACAAGAGACGUCCACGCUCGCCAGAGACUUGAGGCAGACUCUUUUCGAAUUGGAAAGAGAGCGUGAAAAAGAGAGGUUAGAUAUGAAGAGACGAAUCGAUCAGCUCAAGAGGACCACGGAGGAAGAAACCGAAGAGGCCAAAAAGAAGGUGACGGAGUUACAGUGCGACUUAUUGGAGUUACGCGACGCACACGCCAAACUGCGUACAACCAAUGAGAAGUUGCGCCGCGAUAAAGAGAGGCACGAUCGAGAUCGCGACCAGAACAAAUUACUUGUCGCUUCAUUGAAACGUGCUCAACAGGAGGACGACAGGGUGAUAGCACAGCUCUUAGAAACAAUAGACGAUCUAAUGAAGCAAAGCCCUGAUCUAUUCCGCGUUGAAAUUCCCGUUAAACCGGAGAAAACUCUGAUGACACCAACACCGCCUCGUCGUAACAGGUCUUCGAAAUCUCGUUCCCGCUCAGCAACUCCUGAGACUAACGAAGCAGCCGGGGCUAAAGAUACGGCGGCCAGACUGCGCAGACUCACCGACGAACUAAGGGCUUCUCGUAUCGCCGAGCGACAGCGGCGACAGCAAGCCAGCGCAAGGAGAGCAAUGUCGACGGAGCCCCGUGAUACUUUGUCGGUGACGCCCGCCACGAGCCGGACCCCAUCUCGGGCACCGUCGUUAAAGAAGCGAUCCAUCUCACUGGAACAGACAACUAAGGAACAGAGCUCGAUAUGGAAGUCCGUUGAUGAGAGUAGUGUGUCGUCGUUGCAAUCACUGGAAGGAGACAAUGAUCAUCGUCACUUCACUAUGCCUCGGGAUACCAGUCUCGACAGUCGAUUAUCCGGUGGGUCUGCUCAGAGUGACGUCUUACCCAACGAAAAAAAGAAGAAGAAAAGCAUCUUUGGAAAAUUGAAGAAACUGACUAAAUCACGAUCCAUCGAUGACCAAGCCGAUCCCGAAAUUGUCGAUUUCAGACCUAUCGGUACCGUAUCGCAGGGCUCCGAUUCCGACAUGAGCACAGCUGGGAGCAAACGCGACUUACGUGGACGACUCUCUGAUAUGUUCAGCAGGAAACAGGUUUCUCGCGGCAACAGUAAAGAACUAAGUCCCGAAAGGCCAGCAAGCGCAAUGGGAAGCACUACGAGCGCCUCACGUACCAUGCUACGCAAUACGAGUACUACAACGCUGACGCGAACCUCACCCGCCAAACCGAACGAAUUCUCAAGUACGCGAUCAUCGAGUGCCACUCCGGCGACGAAAAGAAAAGGAAAAUAACGGACACUCAAUAUUAUUGUGUUGAUUGCAAUGUAUUUUUAAUUCCUAAGUAUCUUCCACAUAGCAUGUAAUAUCACACAUAUCAGAAUUUGUAUGACUAUCGAUAUACAUUAUAAAGUCGUUAUUCGCAAAGAAAACCUUUUCAAGUACCUUUGCGUGUUGCAGAUAAUAAUGUAAUAAUAAAUACGUAUUCACAUAUUCAUAUCCAGUAGAGCCGAUAGAAAUUGGGUAGUUAAUAUAUCUAUCUACCUCCCUUAGGUUCGCUUAUCAACAUAAUUUUUUUUAAUGAUAUAAAUUACAUAAACAGAAAGAAGUCAGAGUGUUUCCUACUUGAAGAUUACGCAUAUAGUAAAAUAAUACAAACAAAAUAUAUAACACAAUCAUUUACUUGUCAACAAGAUCUGUUCCAACAUUACGUCACCAAACAUCGAGAGGUAUCGAUUAAGUAUUUAGCAAUCAUUCGAAUAUAAUUUUCAGACAAUGUAAGUUAUCGAUUCGAAUCGAUAGCGCAGUUUCGAUAGUUAUACAAAUUGGCCGCCCACUCCGUCACAGUGUAAUGUGAAGUGACGUCUUAUUCCCGGAGUCUUUAGUCCCUAAGUUUAAUGAGCAUUGAGAUUAUGUUGUAUUAUCAUAAGUUCUCUUUGAAACAUAGCAGUGUUUAAGAUAUUUUCUUGUAAUUUCGUAAUAAAUCUGUUGAAUUAAA